AUGUUGAAUGAGAAGAUAGAAUUUCCUGAAAUCAUCCAAGGCACCAUUGGCUACAAGUUCCAAAACUGGGCAACCACCUACAGCUGUGAACCAGAGCUUUACUUCGAACCCACCUCGGUGGAGGAGAUCCGGCAGAUCCUGGAACUUGCCAAACAGCGCAAUAAGCGAGUGAAGGUUGUGGGCUGUGGACAUUCUCCCUCUGACAUUGCAUGUAGUGACCAUUACCUCAUCCAGCUCAACAAGCUUAACCGGAUUCUCCAGGUGGAUAGGGAGAGAAAACAGGUGACAGCUGAGGCGGGGAUGAUGCUGUCUGACUUGAAUGAAGAAUUAGCCACACUUGGAUUGGCUCUGUCCAACAUUGGUGCUGUAUCUGAUGUGACUCUUGGUGGUGUGAUAGGAACUGGCACCCACAACACUGGCAUCCAGCAUGGCAUCCUGGCUACACAGGUGGUGACAAUGACAUUGAUGACGGCAGCAGGAGAUACUCUGGAAUGUUCUGACACCGUGAACCGUGAGAUAUUCCAGGCCGCUCGUCUGCAUCUCGGCUCCCUGGGAGUGGUAUUAAAUGUUACCAUACAGUGUGUGUCAGCCUUCAAAAUUCACCUGCAACAGUUCCCAAAAACCCUCACCGAGGUUCUGAACGAUCUGGACACUCAUCUGCAACAGUCGGAAUAUUUCCGUUUCUUCUGGUUUCCUCACACUGAUAAGGUCACAGUUCUCUACGCAGAUCACACAGACAAGCCGGUUAAAACCAGCUCCAGCUGGCUGUGGAACUAUGCCAUUGGCUAUUACCUGCUGGAGUUCUUACUGUGGAUCAGUGCCUUCUUCCCCCGCCUAGUGCCCUGGAUCAAUCGCUUCUUCUAUUGGCUGCUUUACUCAGCAAAGGUCGAGCAGGUCAAGCGUAGUGAUAAGGCUUUCAACUUUGACUGUCUCUUCAAACAACACGUGUCGGACUGGGCUGUUCCCAUCAAGCAGACCAGGACAGCUCUGGAGCAGCUGAAGGACUGGCUGGACAACAAUCCCAACGUGCAAGCACAUUUCCCGGUGGAAGUUCGGUUUGUUCGAGCUGACGAUAUUCUGCUCAGCCCCUGUUACAAGCAAGACAGCUGCUACGUGAACAUUAUCAUGUACAGGCCCUAUGGUAAGGAAGUGCCACGGGAGACGUACUGGGCAAUAUACGAGGAGAUCAUGAAAAAGAAUGGGGGAAGACCACACUGGGCAAAGGCACACAGCUACCUACGGCAGGACUUUGAGAAGAUAUACCCAGCAUUCCACAAGUUCUGCUCGAUCCGUGAGGAGCUGGAUCCUUCUGGGAUGUUCCUCAACAGUUAUCUGGAAAAGACCUUUUUCUAA